CCCAAGGUCUCCUAUUUCCUUUUCGAUUUCCUCUAACAAUAAACCAAUCAUCUCACAGAACAACACAACUCUUCCUCGACAUAUAACCCACAGCAGAAAUGAAUUCUGUAUCGCUUGUAGCACUUGGCCAUGCCAUCAUGAACAAAGUCCCGGAGAUCGAGUCCUGGGUUCGCGGGCUUGACGUCGAGCAUAGAAAGCUCUCUGAUGAUAACAAAAGAAAGCUUCAGGAGUGGCUCGACUGGGUCUAUCACAGAAACAACGAACUUCGUUUAGCGGCUCUCCAGGACCCUAAUGAUACUAUCAUCAGGGAAGGUCCAAAGAAGUUGGACAAACUUGAAUGCCUUAUCAGAAGCGAGCUGAAGAAAAACGACGAUUUGAACGCGGGAGGGCGGAACUAA